AACUCUCACUCAGAUUGACCAUGCUCUCGGUGCUCCUUCUCCUCUGCUGGUCUGUACUCACACUCCACACUACAGCUACAUGUUUCCAUCUACAGCGGACAUCCUUAGCCUCUGGUGCCAAUUCUGCAGACCCUGAAACACACCAAUGGCUGGAAGCAAAAUCCUAUUUCAUGAGGAAGAAAGGCAAUAAAAGAGCUCACAAACCUGUUCGUCGAGGUUCGGAUGGCAACUUCAUGGACUGGAAGGACCAGUAUAAAAACUGUUUCUCAGUCCUGGAUGUGAAAAGUCAUGCUUUCUUAUGCUUGGACUCCAAAGGAAAGUUAUACACCUCAGUAUUUGCCGGCAACGAGGACUGCCGGUUUCGUCGUGUCAAAAGGCAUAAACGCUACAACGUCUUUCACGCCUGUCGGGGCGACGUGCUUUUGGUCAACCAUCGUCAAGUUGAAAUUUACGCUUGUGAUUUAGCGAAGCUGUCUGGCUUCGACUUCUUAAAGCGACAUAAAAACCGAACGCACCACAGAAAGAGACGCAGCUGGCAAACUGAUCCGUCUGACCCUUUAGGAUCCGAGUAUCCACAUUUAAGCACAAUGAGAAACUGGAGAAGUGACCCGGAGCAUGGUGGUAACGUAUCGAAGGAGACCAUUACUUCCAUAGAUGAUCCUUUAGAGGUGUUGCUGUCAAACAGUGCACAAACUCCUACUCAGGAAAAACACAGGGGAAACAUAAAAGUCAGAUUCUAAUCUGAGUCUAAUCUUGCCGAAGCCUAAUCUUUCACUACGUGCAUCCAUUGUGGGUUGUACCACAGUUUGUAGCACUGGGAUCUAUGAUUGGUCAGAAGGUGUUGAUCUUCGAGAACGGCAGAUCUGAUAGUCGUUCUGACCGCAAAAUAAAUCACAGGUUUAUUUUAAUGCACUUGUUAUGAUACAUUAUUAGCUGGCGCAGGGACGUGCAUGAUGGAUGCUUGACAUAAACUUAAAAUACUUAUGUAUAUCGUGAAUGAGAUGUUUAUGGAAGGAGACUGCAGUGUCAGCACUUUGUAACAUUAAGCUGUACGGGUUUUUUUUUUUUCUCAUGUCAGAACGUCCUUAGGGUUUCAUUGUUUCUCACAUGACGAACGCAAAAGAGAGACUGGUGAAGAAAUAGCUAUUUAUAUCAGCUAUAACAUAAAAGUGAUAAUUAACAGUUAUUCCAUGAAAUUGAGUCGUACAUGGAAUAACUUAUUCUAUCCACAUUGACUGGAUUUUGAGAAACAGAGCAUUUUUACUUUUAUUUUUUGCAAAUUCGAUAAAUAAAAACUUUAUACAAAACGUCCGACAAAAUCAUUUCAGCUUAGGAUGUAAACAAACUGCCGAAAUGACAUUAGCAAUUUGUGAAAAAUGGUAGAAGAAGAAGAAGAAUUCUUGAAAAAUUAAAAAAGAUACGUUCUUACCAUCAAAUACUUUUAUUCCAUAUUUUGUUGCUCUUUUUUUUUGUAUUUUUUGGGGUUUUGUUUUCGAGUAGAGUUUUUAUUUCGUCCUCGGUUGGUUCAGCAAAACGCUCCGACGUUUUUUUUUCUUCUCUACUCAUGGUAUAUGAGCUGAUAGCCUAGUAGAAGAAGAAAAAGAAGAAACCUUUAUUCGUCACAUGCACACUUCAAGCACAGUGAAAUUCAUCCUCUGCAUUUAACCCAUCUGAAGCAGUGAACACAUGCACACACCCAGAGCAGUGGGCAGAGCAGUGGGCAGCCACACUAGAGCGCCUGGGGAGCAGUCAGGGGUUCGGUACCUCGCUCAAGGGCACCUCAGCCCAAGGCCGACCCACGUCAACCUAACUGCAUGUCUUUGGAAUGUAGGGGAAACCGGAGCGCCCGGAGGAAACCCACGCUGACACGGGGAGAACAUGCAAACUCCACACAGAAAGGCCCUCGCUGGCUGCUGGGUUCGAACCCGGAACCUUUUUGCUGUGAGGCGACCGUGCUAACCACGACGCCACCGUGCCGCUUGUAAUAGAGUAUCCAGUGAAUGUGGAUAGAAUAAUUUGUUUUAUGGCUAUUCGACAACAUUAAAUACAAGAGUGCUCUGAGAGCACAAUAUUCCCCCGCUACAAUAUAUUGCAAACGGAAUUGCGAUAGGCGGAUUACUGUCCUAUAACAAAGCCUUCUGCCAAGUUUUGUGAAAUUCCUCCAAAAAUUGUGACAGGAGUUGAUUUCAGAAGGAGAGUACCCUUUCCUGGGAUGGACAGACAUACGGACGGAUGGACAUCGCCAAGAUACGGUAUAAUCCUCUUUUGGGCCUUUCAGCCAGCGGGGGACAAUAACUACAAUUGGAUAAAACGUACAUGUUCUUUAGUCCAAAAAAAAAAAGUUAGUCCAUGUAUUACUACAUUCCUGUGGCAUGAAGCUUACAACACUUCCAUGAUGCCAUAUGACAAUAAUCAACUUCAGGGUUGUAACAGUAACUCGGUUUCAUGUCAAGCCGCAUCGUACCACCACCCUGUCAUUGAUUAUCCUCACAUAACAGUGUUUGCUGUACACUGCAGCCUCUAUGAUGUGAUGUGAAAAGUCCACUUUCCCUCGCUAACCCUAACCUUAGAAUCUGUCCUUUCACCUUAUUUAAUAAGUUAACAGUUAAACAGCAUCUGUGUUCCAUGUUAUUAGAGUAGAUUUCAUUUAUAACACUUCCAGAGCAAUGAUCAGGGGUUACAUCACUGAAAACGAAAAUUGUUUAUUUUUUAUUAUUUUUUUGAGGACUAUAGAGAUAUUUUCUACUCAGUUACCUACUCAGUUACCUUUUUUUGGCUCAAAUUUGAUUCAUUUUUGUGAACAUCUAUGAGAUAUUUAU